GGUGGUUGGUACUAACCACCUUCAGACAAAAAUGAGCACUUAGGCCUAGUUAAAUUAUUAAGUGCAUUAAUAGGCUCUAAAAGAAGCAAAUUUGUAUUAAGAUUAAGUAUUGAAAAAUAGCCACCACGUGAAAAGUGUGUGCACAUCACUGGUAAGGGAUAAGCGCUGUAUUUCAUCAAUUAAUCGCCAUACAUGUAUGUGCAUCAAUGGCACGAACGUUGGUCUCGCUAACGACUUAAACCUUGCGCCUUGUAUAACCUCAGUUAGUUAUGUGUUUACCUCCAUCUUAGUUACGUGUAAGAGUGCCUCAACUAUAAAGGUUCCUGUAUCAAAAUUGUGUCUCUGUUUGUGUACAAGUAGUGUACAUACUAAUUGCCUGCUCUGUUGUUAUGGCCCAGCUACUCGGUGAUUAUUGUAAAACUUAACUAUUCUUUCUGCACCUCUCUCUCUACAAUACAAUACAAUACUUUUGCUAUUGAUCCAAUGCAUUCUCGAUUAAUCCAUGCACUCUUGUGUACUUACUGGUUGUACUAAUGUAUUGUGUAUUGUACAUUAAUUUUCACUAUUAUACUGGUCUGUUUAUAAUACUAUCAAUAUCCUUCGUGCAUGUAUUUCAUAGUAUACACACUAUUAUAUAUACUGCAUUUAUUUGUGCAAUUUUGACCAGAAUUUGAUACUUUAUUUCUUGUAACAAUUACAUGUAUGUACAUAGUACGUCUAGAAGAAGUGUAAACUGUGCGGUAUACAAAAGGCUGCUCUGCAUGUGUACAUGUAUAAUUAUACGUUUUCAUUUGUACACAUGCUGCAUUCUAGUGGUCCUUGUGGUGAUAUGACUAUGAUAAGACUCUCGGCUUUUAACUUUUAACUACCACUAAUUAGACUAAUAGACUAGUCCUCACAUGUGUAACUUAUGUAGUCACCUGACACUGGCUGUUUAUCUGUUCCAAAUCUCAGUAAAGUUUGAAGCAUAGCAACCAUUGUUUCUGUAGCAGUGCUAGUCAUACCAAAGCUUUAGCUGUACAUGUAGAAUAGAGAUAUAUCUUUUGAUACUAGUUUGGCAGUAUUUUUUCAAGUCUAGAGUCCAUAGCAAUUGUUUGGCAACUAUGUCUAAGGAAAGCAGUAAGUCGACCUCAACUGGAGUCUCGAAUUCGACAAGACGAACUAGUCAACCACUCGACAAUAUGCCUAAACUUAUUACAAAUGAGUUUGAGUCUGGUUUUGAUGAUACGACAAAUUCCGUCCCAAUUGUUGGAGAGGCAGAAACUACGAAAGGAGCUACUGCUACCACCUCUACUGUCUAUUUUCCUGACUCAGAAACCCAACAGUCGUACAUUGCGUUCAAGAAAGCCUUAGGUGAUGGCACAGACACUACUAUUCAAGGGGGUGGAAUUGAUGGGCAGGACGAGGAAGAUCACAAUCUGACUGUGGACACUUAUCGUGAGCAAGAGAGCCCCAUCUCUGAAGCUGUAGAGGAAAUCAAAUGUCACCAGAAACAAGAAAUGGUGUUAACAGCAAGUCAGAAAUCUGGAGCAAAAUCUCUGGACAGUGGAGCCAGAGACCCAAUUAAAAAUUCUGUUGAUGUGAUUAUUCGUGAAAGUGAGCGAAAGAAUACAAUCAUCAACAAAUUAGAGGUGGAAUUGGCUACUUGCCAGCACCACGAAUCUGAACUCCUAAAAGAGGUCGAUCACCUUCGAGAGGAAAAUGAAAAACUGGAGCAUCAACUUAUCGAUCAAGAGAAGGAAACUGAACGCACAAGAGAAUAUCACGAGAAAGAAAUUGCAAGUCUUGAGUCCCAAUUGAAAGUGAAAAAAGAUGAAGUUAAAGUUGCCAAAAGUCAAUUGGCAGUGGUUGAGAAAAAAAACGAGGAGGAGAAACAAAAGCUCAUGGAUGCAAUUAAAAUUCUUAAAGAUCAACAAAACGAGUUAGAGUCAACUGUCAGCAAGCUUCAAGAUGAUCGCAAGAAAAAAGAGAUAGAGAGUAGAGAAUCGAUUUUGUCUUUAAAGGAAAAAUUAAACGAAAAACAAGUGCUUGAAAAUGAACGAUUCAAGGAACUUUGUGUCACUCAAGUGAAACUGGCUCAAGCUGAAGCAAAAAUUUCAAGACAGAGAGAACUGUUAAAGGAUAAGGACCUUGUCCUUGCACAAGAAAAUAAGGAGAAAUUGGAGUGUGAAAACGAACAGCUUAAGAAACAGAAUGAAUCGUCUCAAACUAAGCUCAUAGAACUAGAAGAUAAAUUAAAAGAGCGAUCUUCAUCCACCAAUCAACCAGUGUUUCAACAGCAAUUAUCUGAGGCAGAGUCUACUGCUUCUGCCAGCAGCCUCAAGCCCUCCACAGGAACACAAAAUUCACUGACUGAAUCUACUGAAGUAGUACCAAGUCGUAGCACUUCAGAGCAAAUCGCAGACUUUGAAACUGAAGCUGUUAAAGGGGAUACACAAUCAAAGAAUGUAGGUUUUACAGUAGGCGAGGUUGGCAUCAAUGAUAAUCUGUAAGACACUGCACAAGACAAGAACACCAUUUAGAUUGCAGAAAUUGUACAAAGUAUAUACAAAACAACAAUGUAGUACAUGUAUAGUGUGAUUGUAUUGAUUAUCAG